UCAGGAGCAGGUUUGGACAUUUAACAGGACAGUUAUCUGGAAUACUUUGUUGUCUUAAAUUGAUUACAGUGUAGGGACUUGCUUUCCUCUGUGGGAAAUGAAAGCAAAAGGCAGCUGCUCACUCCUCUCUUUAAUAUGAAACUAGCCUCCAAGAAGAGGAGCAACAAUAUAUCAACAUAGUCUGAAACAGACUUUCUACCAAGAGAAGUUCAUAUUGGUGGGUUUUGAUUUAUCAAUGGCUAUAAUAAAAUACAUUAAAAGAUUGUUCUUCUGGUUCAUAUAUGAGAAGAAAGAUUGUGAACAAAAACCAUGGGGUCUGAAUUGGAGAACUUAAAUCCAAGUGCCAGAAUAAUGACAUUCCAUCCAACUGUGGAAGAAUUUAAAAAUUUCAGCCGUUAUGUUGCCUAUAUAGAGUCCCAAGGAGCCCAUAGAGCUGGACUGGCAAAGAUUGUUCCUCCUAAGGAAUGGAAGCCACGCAGAUGGUAUGAUGAUAUUGAUGAUCUGGUCAUCCCUGCUCCCAUUCAGCAAGUGGUUACUGGUCAGUCAGGCCUCUUCACACAGUAUAACAUCCAGAAGAAAGCUAUGUCAGUCCGAGAAUUCAGGAGGAUAGCAAAUAGCGACAAGUACUGCACUCCUCGGUAUACAGAUUUUGAAGAUCUUGAACGCAAGUACUGGAAGAAUCUCACUUUCAAUGCUCCCAUCUAUGGUGCAGAUGUUAAUGGCACACUCUAUGACAAGCAUGUAGAUGAGUGGAAUAUUGGUCACCUGAAUACAAUUCUGGAUAUAGUCGAGAAUGAAAGUGGCAUUACCAUUGAGGGAGUGAAUACACCUUAUCUCUACUUUGGGAUGUGGAAAACUUCCUUUGCCUGGCACACUGAGGACAUGGACCUAUACAGUAUCAAUUAUCUGCAUUUUGGAGAACCCAAGUCCUGGUACUCCAUUCCUCCAGAGCAUGGGAAGCGGUUGGAACGUCUUGCUAAAGGGUUCUUUCCUGGAAGUGCUCAGAGUUGUGAAGCUUUCCUCCGUCACAAAAUGACCUUGAUCUCACCAUCAAUACUGAAGAAAUACGGCAUCCCAUUUGACAAGGUGACUCAAGAAGCAGGUGAAUUUAUGAUAACUUUUCCUUAUGGAUAUCAUGCUGGUUUUAAUCAUGGCUUCAACUGUGCUGAAUCUACUAAUUUUGCCACUCUUCGUUGGAUUGAGUAUGGAAAGCAGUCUGUUUUAUGCUCAUGCCGAAAGGACAUGGUCAAAAUCUCUAUGGAUGUCUUUGUGAGGAAAUACCAGCCAGAUCGUUACAAGCUCUGGAAAGCUGGGAAAGAUGUGACAGUCAUUGACCAUACUCUUCCCACACCAGAAGCAGCUGAGUUCUUUAAGGGUGAACUCCUUCAAAAAGUUAAGAAUGAGAAGCAGUGCCCUGAGGAAACUGAAACAGAGGAUGAAUGCAAAGCAGAUGAAGAUAUGGAGAAAAAGAAUGUCCCAAAGCAUCGCAUUGGAACCAAGCGGCACCGAGUCUGCUUAGAGGUUCCUCAUGAGGUGAGCCAAAGCGAGUCCUUUCCCAAGGAGGAGCUGGGCCCAGUGCAGUUUGAGAUGGAGGAAGCAGCCCCUCCAGUUGGACCUGCUAGAGAGCCUGUACAGCAAGGGGAUGAAGGGCUUGCACCUCCAGAAUAUGGAGAUUCCUCUGAAGUAAAAUUUGAAGAACUGAAAAAUGUUAAACUAGAGGAGGAGGAGGAGGAGGAGGAGGAAGAAGAGGAACCAGAAGCAGCUGUUCUAGAUCUUUCCAUUUCACACUCUGUGUCUUCAGUUUUGACCCAAUCUGCCAUGAAGCCAAGCCCAGUCUCCAGCCUUCAGUCUAGCUCUCCUUUGUGUUCUGUCUCUUCGGAUUCUGAACCCCCUGAUCUUUCCAGGCAGUCAGUUGAGCAAGCUGAGGUUCUCACAGUUCAUAGUUAUGCUCAGGAAGAAGUGAAUGGCAUGGAGAUUGGGCAGCCUUCCCGGAAGAAAAUCAGUUCCACGGCUCAUAUGGAUGAACAGGAACUUGCAAAAAUGGCAAAGGAGUACAUAAGAUCUGUAAAAGAUCAUAAGUCAAAAGGGCGUCGCCAGCCCUUGAGCAAACUCCCACGUCAUCACCCACUCUUGGUUAAAGAUAGCCUUAGUGAUGAUGAAAUGUCAGAGCAGUUAGCACCUGAAGAAGAAACCGAAGAGAUGGAAGCAUGGGCCAAGCCUCUCAGCCAGCUGUGGCAGAAUCGUCCUCCAAACUUUGAGGCAGAAAAGGAGUAUAAUAUUGCCAUGGCUCAGCAGGCCCCCUAUUGUGCAGUGUGCAUGCUCUUCCAAACCUACCAGGCAGAUUGUGGAAGUCAGAGCUCACAGGCAGUUCCAGAUGCUGCUAAUGGAAAGAUGAGAACUAAGCCCCUCAUCCCUGAGAUGUGUUUUACUACCACUGGUUGUAGCACAGAUGUCAGCCUCUCUACGCCAUAUCUGGAGGAAGAUGGCACCAGUAUUCUGAUCACAUGCAAGCGCUGUCAGGUCCGCGUACAUGCCAGUUGUUAUGGAGUAGCCCCUGAGAAGGCAACUGAAGACUGGAAGUGCUCUAGAUGCAAAGCUAAUGCUUUAGAAGAGGAUUGCUGCUUGUGCUCACUUCGUGGAGGUGCGCUUCAAAAAGCCAAUGACAACAAGUGGGUACAUGUUAUGUGUGCUGUGGCAGUUCUGGAGGCCAAAUUUGUAAAUAUUGCCCAGCGUAGUCCAGUUGAUGUCAGCAAAAUUCCACUGCAGCGCUUCCGACUGAAAUGUGUCUUCUGCAAGAAGCGGCGGAAGAGAAUUGCUGGCUGUUGCGUGCAGUGUUCUCAUGGCCGCUGUCCUACAUCUUUCCAUGUCAGCUGUGCUCAGGCAGCUGGAGUCAUGAUGCAGCCCGAUGACUGGCCAUUUGUGGUCUUCAUUACUUGUUUUAGACAUAAAAUUCCAUCUCAAGCAGAGCGAGCUAAGGCUGCUCUACAGGAUCUUGCUGUGGGACAGGCCGUGAUAAGCAAGCACAAGAAUGGACGUUUCUAUCAAUGUGAAGUGAUCAAUCUGACAAAGGAAACUUUUUAUGAGGUCAACUUUGAUGACGGCUCCUUCAGUGAUAACUUAUAUCCAGAAGAUAUUGUGAGUCGAGAUUGCCUCCAGCUUGGUCCUCCACCUCCAGGAGAGGUUGUUCAAGUGAGAUGGACAGAUGGUCAAGUCUAUGGAGCUACUUUUGUGGCCUCUCAUGUCAUCCAGAUGUACCAGGUGGAGUUUGAAGAUGGAUCCCAGCUGAUGGCAAAAAGGGAUGAUGUGUAUACACUUAAUGAAGAACUUCCUAAAAGAGUCAAGUCAAGGCUGUCUGUUGCCUCUGACAUGCGCUUCACAGAGAUCUUCACAGAGAAAGAAGUCAAACAAGAGAGAAAAAGACAGAGGGUGAUCAACUCUCGUUACCGUGAGGAUUACAUCGAGCCUGCACUGUACCGGGCCAUUAUGGAGUAGCAGCUUGCAGCAGGAUUGCAGUGACCACCCCAAAAUGGAUCCUAGCACUCCAGCACAGCAGAGGCCAAACAGACAGUCUUCAUAUCCCACUUUUUAAAAAAAGAAAUGAGAUAAGCUUAUCUGACUCUGUAGCACCUUGAAGGUAUGGAUUUGGCUUUACUGGCAAACUCCAAGGCUAUAAUUUGGGAGCACUUCUCUGAGUUCCUGAAGCAUUUGGUUCAUACCAGCUUGCUGGCUUCACCUUUAGCUGUGAGUUUCUUCAUUCAGUGCUAACUGUUCUUUGCCAGAAGGAUAUUUUUCCAAUGCCAUCCAAGGAGCAGCCCAGACAGUCGCAGUGCUAAAAACGACCAUCCCCCACUUCUCCUGGAUAAAAUGUCUAUUUCUGGGGGAAUGUCUGAGCUUACCCUGCCUGCACAAAGCUGGCGAUGUUACUGGUGCUUGACAAUGAAUUCCUUUUUAUAUUUAUAACCCUGUUUUUUGUCAUGAGCACGCUUCUGUUUUUUUAAGCAUCACCUCUCUGAGAACCGAGCUAAGUGAGCUGAAGAAUGGAGAGUGAAAUUAAUUAGCUCUCUUUAUUCCCAACCUCUUGAACCUUUGAUUAAGCUUUUGUCCCUAUUUUAUAUUCAGAGACUUAUUUACUCAUAUGUUUAAUUGUUAUAGUUUGUGCCUAUGUAAUAGGAAAAGGUUUUGAGCCAUUCAGCGCCGCGCAUUCCUCAGGCAAGAGAAUCCUGGGAAAUAUCCUCGAUUAAGGCAAUAAGGACUACAAGGAUUCCCAUUCCGUUUGGCUUGGAAUGGCCAUAAAUUGGCCCCAGGUUUGGAACAAGAUUGCCUGGGAAAAUUAGCGUUCUUUCAUCUCACUAGCAAUGACCCCAAAUUGUGGGGUAUUUGAAUCCAAUUAGAAUAUUCAUUAAAUGAUGUCAGAGGUCAGCAUUAUUGGUAUUUCCGUUUGGAAGCUUUGCACUGUUUUUGCCCAAACCUACACAGGUAAGGCUAGUAGAAGGGCACGUGUAUAUUUAGGUUUAUCUGUUGUGGGACAGAGGGAAGGAAGCUCAAAGGUACAUUUUCAAGAGACAUAUUCUAUCUUGCUGUGCAGUCAUUGGGGACAAUUUUCAUUCAGAUAUAUUGCAAGAAAAAGUGCAAAGCUACUUCUCCAGUUAUAAACAUGCCCUUGUAGUCUAUGGCUGUAGUACUCAGAACAUGUCCAUAUCAUCUAAUCUUGGAAGAUAAAUGUGCCCAUGUUUACUGGAUGCUCCAGGAAAGACUGUAACAUUCCUUCCUUUUAUUUAUCUGUUUAUCUUGCUGCACAAGGUUCACACAACAGAUUAUGGCAACAAUUGAUAGAUGCAAAAUUUGACCAAAUUACUCUUCAGCGUUCAGAUGAACAAAAUCUCAAA